ACUCACCAUCGGAACUCGAAUGAAAAACGCAUGUCACAACCGCACGAAAGCGCUCCCCAGUCCGGAAAUUUCUUCCACCAUAAUGGUUUGCAACACUCGGCUUCGCGUUCUACAUUGCGACAUUCAAUAUCUACUGCAUCCUCGAAUUCCACACCUGCUUCUCCACAAAUAAGUUGUAUUGGCUCGACAGGUACAGGAAACUUAGUGAGAGUUGCAAAUAAAUUGCUGUUAAAUGGCCAGCAUUAUCAGUCGCAAUCAUCGGUCUUAUCACAGACGUCCCAGUCGUCGAUACCUUCCUCACAAUGCUUGCUGGAGGAAGCGCUUGCGAAGACAGCCCCUUAUCCUAUGAUUAUUUUGCCACUAAACGGUGGCUAUUGGGUAGACGGUACGGAUCAUGAGUGCUCAUUUGAUGCUCGUGGAAACCCAAUGUUGCCAGAAACCACCUGGAUGGCAAAAUUCGAGACAGACGACACGGCGAAGUGUUAUCGACGAUUUUAUGCGGCGCGCGAACAUGCAAACCUUGUGGGUCACGACGAGCAGCUUGGGCCAAUUUUGAUAUCCGUAAAGACCGAAAAUGUAGCAAACCAAGAGCAUGCACGCAUCCUCAUACGCUUGCGCACUAGUACAAUGCAUGAACUCAUACCAAUGUCAUGUUUGGGACCAAAUCCGACAACAGCAAAGAUAGUGCGAUUUCUGAACGACCAAAUCACAGUGGAAAAUUAUGUGCCGAUAUUGUGUUCAAAGGCAUCUCAUUUGAUUAGCGCCUAUGAUGAACAUGUGCUCGUAACGAAUUUUAAAUUCGGAGUGCUCUACCAAAGAUAUGGACAAACCACAGAAGAGGAACUAUUUAGCAACAACAACUCAUCACCAGCUUUUGAGGAGUUCCUAGAUAUCUUGGGCCAGCGUAUUAAAUUGAAAGACCACAAAGGAUAUCGCGGUGGUCUGGAUAUACAGAAUGGACAUACAGGCGAUACAGGUAUCUACGAGGUUUUUAAGGAACGAGAGAUCAUGUUUCACGUAUCGACAAUGCUGCCUUACACCGAAGGGGACCCUCAGCAGCUGCAACGCAAACGACACAUUGGCAAUGAUAUCGUCGCGAUCGUAUUCCAGGAGUCGAAUACGCCAUUUUCUCCCGAUAUGAUAGCAAGUCAUUUCCUGCAUGCUUUUAUCGUAGUACAACCGCUCGAACCAAACACACCGAAUACGCGGUACAAGGUCAGCGUUACAGCUCGCUGCGAUGUACCGUUAUUUGGGCCAACUCUUCCUAAUCCAGCAAUUUUUCGUAAAGGCCAGGAUUUUAAAGAGUUCAUUUUGACUAAGCUUAUCAACGCGGAGAACGCCUGUUAUAAGGCAGAGAAAUUUGCGAAAUUGGAGCUGCGCACACGCACUUCGCUCUUGCAAAACCUGGUUGAGGAAUUGAAAGAGAAAACUCGUGACUUUCUAGGGACGGAUUUCACGAACGGAGUGACUAUCAGUCCAACACCGGAAACACCAAAGUCAGAGAAUAGUACAGCAGGAUCAAGGUUAUUUGACACUGUAAAGAAGGCGCUCAUCUCGCGUGUGCGUUCACAGAGUGUUGAUACGGGCAACAUGGCACUAUUUAGUGUCUCGACGAAGAUGAACUCGUCCGCUUUAUCGACGAAUUCGAAAAAGGAUAACAGCUUAACGGAGACACAAAAUUUGAAUAUAUGCAGUCUCACUGCUUCAAAAUCUACCUCGAAAUCAAAAUCGUCGAACAAUUCCACCUCUUCUUCACCUGAUAUAACUUUCCGGGGGCCCCUGAACAGCAACAAUGCAAAUAAUAUCAAUAAUUCAAAUCCGGUUGGAUAUGUUUUAGCUAACGAUGCACAGAACGAAAACCACUCUGCUGUACCAGUCAAUGCGGUUGCGGGGACUGUAACAAUGUCGGAGACCAGCGAUGACUCCAGCUUGAAUAGCGUGGAUCUAGACCCUAUGAUAGGCCAAAUAGAAGGCGGCGCAGUUUACAUCGAUAGCGACACAGGACUGGAAUCAAUGUCCUCAGCGGAAGCGAUGUCGUCGAAUAAGGCAGCAUGUUCGCUGUAUCUAGAUGGCUCCCAAGUUGUUAUGGGCUCUCCGCCAAGGAACGAAACCAUUGUCAUGAUUGAGAAUUUGCGGCAAGAAGUUACAAGACUCAAAUGCGACAAACUAGACUUGCUCAGGCAGAAUGUGACGUGUCAGCGUGACAUAAAACGUCUGCGCGAGCGUGAACUUUCACUCCAGGGUGAUUUGGCCGCCGCCGGGAAGGAAAUUUUACGAUUACGCGACCUGAUGAAGGAAUAUAUGCCUGAUCCGGUAAAGGCGACUUUAUCCAUCUCACCAAUCUAA